AGCUGUUGCCUUUGCAGUGUGUCUAGAUGGUAUGAGACAAAUGACUAGGCAUAUAGGAGCUCAAGAUGGUACGACGGCAUCCUCUCUGAACUGCAAGCUGCAGGGAAGCACUCGUCUACCUGCAUUUUCAAAGGAUGGGGACUUUGUUAUUGGUGGUGAUUUUUCCCUUCACGUCUACAUGAACACAGUUUACAGUGACUACACCAGCAUGCCUGAGCCUGUAAAAUGCAAAGGAAGUAUUAUCACCAGUGAACUGCAAUCAUCGCGUACAAUGGUUUUUGCCAUAGAAGAGAUUAACAACAGCACAGAGCUGCUGCCCGGAAUCAGGCUCGGGUAUCAGAUCUAUGACUCAUGUGCAUCAGUGCCUGUAGCAGUGCAUAUGGCAUUUCAGUUUCUAAAUAGCUUCGACCCUGUGUUUUCCACGGAUAACAAUUGCUCACAUUCUGGUAUGGUGAUGGCUGUUGUUGGUGGCUCGGGGUCUACGACAUCCAUCAGUUUGUCCCAAGUCAUCAGGUCUUUUAACAUUCCCCAGGUGAGCCACUUUUCGACAUGUGCAUGCUUGUCUGACAAGCAGCAGUACCCAAGUUUUUUCAGAACAGUCCCCAGUGACCAGAUUCAAGCUGAAGCACUAGCCAAGCUAGUGAAACACUUUGGCUGGACUUGGAUAGGUGCUGUUCGGUCAGAUUCGGAUUAUGGAAAUAAUGGCAUGGCUUCAUUUCUAAAAGCAGCACAUAAAGAGGGGAUCUGUGUGGAAUACUCUGUAUCUUUCUAUCGGACAGACCCACAGAGCAGAAUUCAGAGAGUGGCAGAUGUUAUCCGCAGGUCUAAAGCUGUAGUUGUUGUGGCAUUUGCAUCUUUUGGAGACAUGAAGAUCCUGUUGAAGGAGCUCACAUCACAUGAGCCUUCCCCACCCCGCCAGUGGAUAGGCAGUGAAUCAUGGGUAACCAACCCAGAAUUAACGAGGUUCAGUUUCUGUGCUGGGGCCAUUGGAUUUGGGAUUCCGAAGUCUAUAAUCCCAGGCCUCAGAGACUUCCUGCUGAAGCUGUCCCCCUCACAAGUGGCUUCUUCUCAAAUACUUACUGAGUUCUGGGAGGAUGCAUUUAACUGCACACUGACCAAAAAUGCCACUGCAAAGAAGAAAGUAUGUGAUGGAAAUGAAGACAUACAGAAUCUGCAAAACCAGUCCACUGACAAAUCACAGCUCAGAGUUACUAACAUGGUGUACAAGGCCGUGUAUGCAGUAGCACAUGCCAUCCAUAAUGCAGUGUGCCAGGAAAUAAAUGGCACUGCAAAGUGUGACAAGUUAACCAAGUUAGAGUCCAAACAGAUUUUAAUUGAGCUGAAGAAAGUAAAUUUUUCCCGAAAUGGCUAUGAAGUGUCAUUUGAUGCUAAUGGGGAUCCUGUGGCUAUUUAUGAACUGGCUAACUGGCAGAAAAGUGAAAACGGUGCGACUGAGAUAGUGGCUGUAGGGCUGUACGAUGCAUCACGGCCCGUGGGCCAGGAAUUCCAGAUCGACAAAAACAUUACUUGGAUGGAGGGUAGCACGAAAGUGCCAGUGUCAGUGUGCACGGACAGUUGUCCUCCAGGAACUCGUAAAGUGUUGCAGAAAGGAAAACCCAUCUGCUGCUAUGACUGUACAGCAUGUCCUGAGGGGGAGAUCAGUAAUA